GUCCAGUUGUAUCCUCAACCUUAAUCCGUUCCUGGAUGCUGACGGCAUCAUGAGGUCAUGCGGUCGUUUGACUGCAUCUGACUCGUUAUCCUACGACGAACGUCAUCCUAUCCUUUUGGCGUACCAUUCCAAACUAGCAGAGCUUCUGGUCACAUUUACUUACCGUAUCUCCAUACACGGGGGAAACCAGCUUAUGGUUCGUCUCAUCCGGACGAGAUACUGGAUUCCGAAGCUGCGGAACCUGAUCAAACGUGUGACCACGACCUGCAAGGUGUGUGUCAUUCACCGGAAGAAGGUGCAGUCCCAGCUAAUGGGUAAACUACCUCAGUCCAGAGCGACCUAUUCGCGACCUUUUACACACACAGGACUCGACUUCGCGGGACCGUUUGAUGUCAAGAGCUAUUCAGGUCGGGCCUGUCGAAUCACGAAAGGCUAUGUCUGCGUCUUCGUGUGCUUCAGUACGAAGGCCAUCCAUUUGGAAGCCACUUCGGACUUGACCACGGAGAAAUUCCUCGGAGCCUUCUCAAGGUUCGCGGCCAGAAGAGGGUGCCCUCUCCAUCUUUACUCGGACAACGGAAAGACUUUUGUGGGCGCGGAGAAGGCCCUCACAGAAGAUUUCAUCGCUGCGGUUAAGGAAAGGUUACCUCGUCAUUUAGUCACCAGAGCCUAUCCUGGCAUUUCAACCCUCCAGGCGCCCCCCAUAUGGGAGGCCUGUGGGAAGCAGGAGUCAAGAGCUUCAAGACUCACUUCUACAAGACGACAGCGAUGUCAGAAGAUCCGUCGGAUAUCCUCGCUCUCACUCCGGGACAUUUUCUGAUAGGCGGACCGCUACUUGUCCCCGCCGAACCUCCCACCGCCGGCGAAGCCAGUUCUAUCCUGAACCGAUGGCAGCGACUCAAAGCCCUUGGCCAGCUUUUCGCAUCGAGAUGGAAAGCUGAAUACCUGAAAGAGUUCCAUAAGAGGACCAAAUGGCAAAUUCCAACCAGGAAUAUGUCCGAAGGCGACAUGGUAAUUAUCAAGGAAGACCACGUUCCAUCGUAUGGGUGGCGUUUAGGGCGUGUUCAAAGGGUUUAUCCUGGCUCUGAUGACAAAGUUCGCGUCGUAGACGUCCGCACGGCCCGUGGUAUCCUCAAACGGCCAAUUUCCAAAUUAGUUUUCCUUCCCGUAGACAAACAUGUCCAAUGUCUCUGCGUUCGAUGUCCAUAACUGUGAGAGUAAAGCGUAUCCACUAAUUAUUAUUUUUUUUUCCG